AUGUAUAUAGACAAAUGUAUCGGUUGCAUGCCUACGCGAGGCUCGGACUGUAGAUCCCCUUUGCCUUUCCCUUAAUCCUGGCAUGAAUAUGUCUCGUUACGUUACCAACUACCACUACAUUAGUUACAUCCUGUACCGUUGUAUUAAAACAUGCGCAAUGUUUUCAGGCGAUAAUUAAAAAGACAAAGGUGACUGUACGUAUAGGAAAAGUUAAUAUCACUUUACAAUUAAGAUAAGCUGAGAAAAAUAACGUAUACGUCUUUAAGAUGUUUUUUAACAUGCGUUCUGUUCGGGCACAGAGGAGUGUUUUUAAUUUAUUCGGGCAUAGUAGUAGGUUGACUUACCUAAUUUUUCGACUGAAUAAUUAACAAUCGACGCGUGUGCUAACUGUGUAUCGAAAUAUUAUUGUAAAAUUUGCUACUUACAUAAACAGCUUGUUUGAAAAAAUUUUUUUUAAUCCAUAUUCUAAAUUAUUCUUUUAAAACAAUUUGAAUAAAAUACGCUAGUAUGAAAAGUGUUUGCGAAAUAUUAUCUUUGAUAUUAUAGAUUGAAGAUCCGAUUUAACAAAUUCUAAAUAACAGAUAGCAGUGCUUUGACUGUGCUGCCAGAUUCCCCCUCCACGAGCUAGGCCGCGCAUCAGCCGGUGACGCCGGUGUCGGCCGGAACGCCGGGUACGAUUAGUCCGGCCAAAUUCUAGCAGCACUGCCUUCCAGUUUAGGCUGUCUAGGAACGCGGGCAUAAUUAGUCGCACGGGAGAAUCAGUGCGCUUAAACUUCAUUUGAGUCCGUUUUUGUUUUUGUGCCCCCUAAGCACCGUAAGUUGUACAUUGUUCCCCGAUAUAUCGACUCUGGCAUUUGUGUUGUAUCGGUCUGAGUCCGAAGGCACUGGCUGCUUCGAUCCGGUGGGGGGCCCGACUAUCAGGCCUCGCGCGGGAUUAAAAAUUUUUCUUCUAGGUUAGAAGACGUGUUUCACACUCCAUGCCCCAAACGGAACUGCAAACAGUACGCGCUAGAAGAUUACUGCGAAGUGAAACAUGCAAUCUUCGUUGGCGGAUCAGACGAUUGACUGCAUGGGAAGAUGCGUGGAUAAUUUGACCAUGGAAGAAAGAAAUCUAAUCACCGACAAUAUACAUAAAACUUUAACUCACCCAAAAGGCAAUGAACUAUUUGCGAGCUACCUGGCAAUGUUUCCGGAUAGUUUGGCUUGUUUGAAUAUGUAUAAUACCUGUACAAAAUACCUCGCUGAAGAGCGGAAUAGACCGAUUGAUAAAAAUUCAUCUGAAGAAUCACUGGAAUCUCUCAUUACCAAAGUGAAAAUGGUGCGGGAGACUGCUGAAGAUAUGAAUGAUCUAGAUUUCUGCCUUAUGAAGCAAUUUAAAGUGGCCUUAGAAACAAGAAGUCAAGAAACAUUGUUCAACGUAUUAGAAGCUACUAAAGAGCAGUGUCAAGAGUGCUUACGAAAAAUGCACGAACGUUUUAGAGAUCAUAUUUUACGGUGUAAGAGUACUGCGACAUGAAGCUAAAAUCUUCAAUACCAUCGUACAUUACGGAGAUCUGUGAUCUGUGCCUAAAUUUAUUUCAUAGCCCGGGGGAGAAAAAGCCAUAUGUCCAAUUUUAUUUAAUUGUAUCAAAUAAUGUCAAAUGUGACAAAAUUUCAUCAGAUUAUAUCCAAAUUUUAAUGCAUCCACUUAUAAGUGUAUCAAAUGGAAAAUACGGCAGAUAAAAUAUAAACAUCUGACCACUAUAUCUGACCACAUCUGAUUUGAUACACUUAUAAAUGGACACAUUAAAAUUUGGAUAUAAUUAAUUAAAUUUUAUCAUAUUUGACUUUUUAUACAAUUAAAUCAAAUUGGAUAUAUGUCUUUUUUCCCUGGAAGAUUUAAUUUAUUUCUGAUUUAAUUUAUUUCUAGGCUAAUAGGGUAAAACUUUACAAACACGGACCCAGCCCCAAUGA